CCAGGGAAGGACCGAAUCCCGCCCCCGUGUUCCUUAACUGUUCAUUGCUGUCUCGGGCGGGGAGGGGAUACAAAUCUGAAAAUUAGCGCUUUAAAAUAACUACACUGUGGUGCCCCGGUUACAGUUAAGUUUGGCCCUGGGCCUUAGGAGGAAAUACUAGCGCCGGAAGGAUCCUUAGGGGUGAUCUGAUUCGAUCUACCUACUCCUUCUUUUUGAUGGAGAGUGGUAUUGAGAGACCCCUACUACCAGUGUGGAUGGAGCCCUCCAGAAAGCGCUGCCCGGCCCCACGCAGGGGGCCAGUGUUUUCCUUGGAGGGAAAGUCCAGGAGGCCAAACCAACUUCAGGCAGCUGCAGGUUGCUUUCUUUCUCAUCUCUGCAGUGAUCACCCUCAUGAUUUCAUAACCACAACCACCUCCUUGAUACUGCUACACAGUGUCACAUUUGAAGACGGGCACUGAGGAUGAGGAAUCAACUGAAAAAUAUGAAAAUAUUGAAAAUACAGAAUCUAAGUGGCCAAAAAUGGAAGGUCUUCACAAGAAUCUUAUGCAGGAAUCUGUUGGUGAAACUCAUGAUUGGGAUAGCAAGGUAGAGAAUCAGUUGGAAAAACCUGAUUGGAAAAGAAUGAAGGAAGACAAAAGUGGCAUCAGGGAGAAGAUUGACAAAACCAAGAACAUGACAAAUAUAAAAACAGAACACGAUGAGGCAUCUGAGAAAAACUUAAUGAGCUCAAAACGUGUUUCACAUCAGACUGUCCCUAUAGAACAGAAAAGCAGUGAUAGCAAAUGUGUUGAGAACCUUAAUGGAAACUCUCAUGUGAGCCUACAGCAGAAUACCAGUGCUGUUAAGAAAUCACAUAAAUGUGAUGAGUGUGGGAAAUCCUUUAAAUAUAAUUCCCGCCUUGUUCAACAUAAAAUUAUGCACACAGGGGAAAAGCGCUAUGAGUGUGAUGAUUGUGGAGGAACUUUCCGGAGCAGCUCUAGCCUUCGAGUCCACAAACGGAUCCAUACUGGGGAGAAGCCGUAUAAGUGUGAUGAGUGUGGAAAAGCCUACAUGUCCUAUUCCAGCCUUAUAAACCACAAAAGUACCCAUUCUGGGGAGAAGAACUGUAAGUGUGAUGAAUGUGGAAAAUCCUUUAAUUACAGCUCUGUUUUGGACCAGCAUAAAAGGAUUCACACUGGGGAGAAGCCCUAUGAAUGUGGUGAGUGUGGGAAGGCCUUCAGAAACAGUUCUGGUCUCAGAGUCCACAAAAGGAUCCACACAGGCGAGAAGCCCUAUGAAUGUGACAUCUGUGGGAAAACCUUCAGUAACAGCUCUGGACUGAGGGUCCACAAAAGAAUCCAUACAGGCGAGAAACCUUAUGAAUGUGAUGAGUGUGGGAAGGCCUUCAUUACUUGCAGAACACUCCUAAACCAUAAAAGCAUCCACUUUGGAGAUAAACCCUACAAAUGUGAUGAGUGUGAAAAAUCUUUUAAUUAUAGUUCUCUCCUUAUUCAACAUAAAGUCAUCCACACUGGAGAGAAACCUUAUGAAUGUGAUGAAUGUGGAAAGGCCUUCAGGAACAGCUCAGGCCUUAUAGUUCAUAAAAGGAUCCACACAGGAGAAAAACCUUACAAGUGUGAUGUCUGUGGCAAAGCAUUCAGCUAUAGCUCUGGCCUUGCAGUUCAUAAAAGCAUUCACCCUGGGAAAAAAGCCCAUGAAUGUAAGGAGUGUGGCAAGUCCUUUAGUUAUAACUCACUUCUUCUUCAACAUAAGACUAUUCAUACUGGAGAGAGACCUUAUGUAUGUGAUGUGUGUGGGAAAACUUUCAGAAACAAUUCAGGCCUCAAGGUCCACAGGCGGCUUCAUACUGGAGAAAAACCGUAUAAGUGUGAUGUGUGUGGGAAAGCUUAUAUCUCACGCUCUAGCCUUAAAAAUCACAAAGGAAUUCAUCUAGGGGAGAAACCUUAUAAAUGUAGCUAUUGUGAGAAAUCCUUCAACUAUAGCUCUGCCCUUGAACAGCAUAAAAGGAUUCAUACAAGGGAGAAGCCCUUUGGGUGUGAUGAGUGUGGCAAAGCCUUCAGAAACAAUUCAGGUCUUAAAGUACACAAACGAAUCCACACUGGGGAGAGACCUUAUAAAUGUGAAGAAUGUGGGAAAGCCUACAUCUCACUCUCAAGCCUUAUAAAUCAUAAAAGUGUACACCCUGGGGAAAAGCCCUUUAAGUGUGAUGAGUGUGAGAAAGCCUUCAUCACAUACCGAACCCUCAUGAACCACAAAAAAAUUCAUCUUGGGGAGAAACCCUAUAAAUGUGAUGUAUGUGAGAAAUCUUUUAAUUACACCUCACUCCUUUCUCAACACAAAAGAGUCCACACUAGAGAGAAACCUUAUGAAUGUGACAGGUGUGAAAAGGUCUUCAGAAACAACUCAAGCCUUAAAGUUCAUAAAAGAAUACAUACUGGGGAGAAACCCUAUGAAUGUGAUGUGUGUGGAAAAGCCUACAUCUCACAUUCAAGCCUUAUUAACCAUAAAAGUACCCAUCCUGGUAAGACCCCCUAUACAUGUGAUGAAUGUGGAAAAGCUUUUUUCUCAAGCAGAACACUUAUAAGCCAUAAAAGAGUCCAUCUUGGGGAGAAACCCUUCAAAUGUGUCGAGUGUGGAAAAUCUUUCAGUUACAGCUCACUCCUUUCUCAACAUAAGAGGAUCCACACAGGGGAGAAACCCUAUGUGUGUGAUAGGUGUGGGAAGGCAUUCAGGAACAGCUCAGGCCUCACGGUGCAUAGAAGGAUCCACACAGGUGAGAAACCCUAUGAAUGUGAUCAAUGUGGAAAGGCAUAUAUCUCACAUUCAAGUCUUAUCAACCAUAAAAGUGUCCACCGGGGGAAGCAGCCCUAUAAUUGUGAGUGUGGCAAAUCCUUUAAUUAUAGAUCAGUCCUUGACCAACACAAAAGGAUCCACACUGGAAAGAAGCCAUUCCGAUGUAAUGAGUGUGGGAAGGCAUUUAAUAUCAGAUCAAAUCUCACCAAGCAUAAAAGAAUUCAUACUGGAGAGGAAACUUUAAGUGUGAUAAAUGUGGAAAGUCACAGUAGCACAUCCCAGAAGAUAACCUACGAGGGAGGGAAUGCUCUGGAUGGGACCAGGAUGAGGAUGCCUCUGUGGGAGGCAGAGCUUACCAAGUCUCAAAGAACUCAAAUGGAAGAAAAACCUUAUGAAUGUAAGAAUUUCUGAGGCCCUUAUUCAUGGCUUACAACUUUCAUAGUAUAAGUGAAACCAUUCUAGAUGAUCAAGAGUAAUCUUUUCUAUAUGAUUUUCAAUCAUAACCAGCAAAAAAGGCUCCAGUGUUAAAGUAGUUGAGCCUUUUUGGAGUAUAAUAUAGUCCAUUCUGGGAAUAAAAACUAUCAAAGUUGUGGGAUGUCUUUUAAAUCCUCAAAGUGAGCAGACAUUUCUGGACAUAAAACAUGUAUAUGAGGAAAGGACUUCAAUUAGAAAUCACAAAAUCACCAUCUGAAAGUUCCUAUUUGGGUAAAUUCUGUGAAUAGAAAUGUAGAAAAUUCAGGCAUAGCUUUGAAUUCCAAUUGUAUAUUGGUCAGUGGGGAAAAAAAUCCAAGAAGAGCCUCCAAAGGGCAAAUUCAGGGAGAGAUAGGCUUCAGGGAAUAUAAAUGUAUUUAUUAGCAAUCAUGAAUUAUAAACAAUUGAAUGGUUUGGGGGUAAGAUGAGAAAAAAAUAGGAUUUCCUAGUAGAAAAAGUAAAAAGCAUAGACAUAAAUCUAACAGGAGGUAGGAGAGUAUCAUAAAAAUGCAAAUUGAGUGGAAUAUACUAUUGUAAUUCAAGAAUUGAAUGGGUAAAACAAAGUUUCAAAUGAACUCCCUCAAUGAAUGAUGACUAUGUGAUGAGUUAAAAAUCUGGUAUUCACUCAUUCUACCAUAAAGUGUUCUAUCAUGGAUUUUAGUAUCUUUGGUAACUAAUGAAUCUUCAACAUGAAUUUGCACCUUACGGGAAGAAUUGAUUCAGGGAUUUCUAUGAAUAGGGACAUUGGGAAGGAGGGCAUUUUAUUGUGGAAGCUAAAAAGCUAAGUAGCUACCAGUAAUUGAGAGAGAGGAAGUUCAUGUUUCUUAAUCUUGUCAAAUGAUUGUUUUGGAAUAUGUUGUAAAGAUUUCAUGCACUAUAUGUGUAUAUUGUCUGUCGUAAAAUGUUUUGAAAUACUUUGUUCAGGGCUCACUCUGCUCUGCCAUGAAGGCCAGGUAGUUGUGGCAAGGUAAGGUGGAACUCCAAUAAAGAAAUUCCUCAAAUGUAAACAGGCUGCGACUUACUUUAGAUAGAACAAUAUACAGAGCCAUUUGUGUGUUAUAUUUUUGUGGAAUAAGUUAUACCAGAUCUAAACCAGAGAGAACAUCAGAAGACUCAUCCCACAGGGCUGGUAACUUAUGGUACCUCCCCUAGGAGAAGCACAGAUAGAUUUUGAGGGGACCACAAGUAAGCAAUGUGAUCCUUAUCUUGGGGCUAGAUCAUAACUUGUGGGAGUGGGCAAGCCAUGUGAGUGAUCAUUUACCCCACAGAAACAAUUUGUUAGGAACAGAUAGAAUUUAAUAUGAAAUAUUGUUAGCUAUUUAGAAGUGUUAGCUAGGUAACUCAUGGUAAACGUGAACUCCUCUGAGUUAACUAACUUGUCCAAAAAUAUUAUGGGUGAGGCUUAUUAGUAGAGGCUAAAUUCUGAGUCUAGUCUCUGGCUUCAGAAUCCAUCUUUACAAGAAAACAAUCUCCAGCCAGAUGGUUUCCUAUCUCUCAUUAGGAUCCUGUCACUGCAGCCGGAUAGUUUCCAUGCUGCUUUCUAGGAUUACUAGAGUACUGUCUUCUAACUACCAUCUUUAGGUUUUGAUGGAUGACAAAGAAAGGAGGAGAUUAAGUAUUUCUGCUACUCAACUCCACUUUGAAAUGUCAUGACCACACUUGAUAUAUGUUCUUUCCUAUGUAUGACACUGGCAAACCUGAUUAUUCAUAGACUUGGAUUAAUUUGCUCAGCAAAUACUUGUUGAGAAUUUACUAGGCACAAUCCACUGUCCUUGGCACUAGGUGAGGAGAGGAUGGAAGCAGGAGUUCCUGGGAGAUAGAUAUGAAUAAAAGAAAAAGAUUAUCCCAUUCUAAUGAAUUUCUGAACUAAGCUAAACUUUGCAGGUAUCCAGAGGAAAGUGAGCACAAUCAACAAAGA